UGUUUCUCCCCUUUUUUUUCUCCGCUCCUCCCGUUUCUCAUUUCUGCUUGCUACUGCUGCCGCCUAAUUAAUUAUUUUAUUUCAUCAUUUUUCUUUUUUUCUUCUUUUAUUUAUUUCAUUUUCAAUAUUUUUAUUUUUUUAAAAACAUUAACCAAUACCUCUUCUUCUUUCUUUCAUCCCCAUUCUUCUUCUUCUCUCUCUCUCUCUUCUUUCUCUCUCUUAUUUUGACCUAAAUUUCAUGUAACAGUGGGAAUUGCGUGUUCGAAUUCGCAGUUUCCUGUGAUCGAUUACACUCAAAUUGAUCAGAACGUUUUGAUCAACAGUGUUGUUGUGGAUUUAGCGGCGGUGUGGAAAUUCGGGGUGGUGGUGGUUUUUGUUGUUUGAUUCAUUGAUUGAUAAGGUUUGCAUGUCUGUGUGUUGAAGAGGGGGUCCUCUGCUACGGUGUGGAGGAUUCCCGUGAUGAACUGUAAUUGUUGUUGUUGCUGAAAUCCGUGGCGAUUUUAUUUGUUAUUGUUGUUUGUUUCGAGUUGGUUUGAAUUGUUGAGGUGAAAUGUUUGCUUCGGUUGGGAAUGGGGGAAAUGAGGGAGAUGGAGUUUCCGGAUCCAUUUUGAUUCCGAAGCGGUUUGUUUGGCCUUAUGGUGGAACAAGGGUGUCUCUGAUUGGUUCUUUCACGAGAUGGUCAGAACAUAUACCUAUGUCUCCGAUGGAGGGAUGCCCUGCAGUAUUUCAAGUUAUUUGGAGCUUAACGCCGGGAUAUCACCAGUACAAAUUUAUUGUGGACGGUGAGUGGCGGCAUGAUGAACAGAAGCCAUUUGUAAAUGGGAACUAUGGACCAAUGAAUACUAUUUACUUAGCGAGAGAACCAAAUACUUUACCUACCAUCUCGAGUGCUGAAACGCCUGGUAGAUCCAACAUGGAUGUUGAUAAUGAUGUCUUUGGGCAUGUGGGAACUAAUCCAAGGAUGCUGGGGUCUGAUCUGGAGGUCUCUCGCCACCGUAUAUCUAUAUUCUUGUCUACACAUACGGCAUAUGAUUUGCUUCCUGAGUCAGGAAAGGUCGUUGCCUUGGAUAUAAAUUUACCAGUUAAGCAAGCAUUCCAUGCUUUGCACGAACAGGGUGUGUCUAUGGCUCCUCUAUGGGAUUUUGGCAGGAGUAAGUUUGUUGGAGUGCUUAGUGCAAUGGACUUCAUUCUAAUAUUGAAAGAGCUGGGGAAUCAUGGAUCAAAAUUGACUGAAGAACAACUUGAGACUCACACUAUAGCUGCCUGGAAAGAGGGUAAAUUACAGCAACGCAGAGCAGUUGAUAGUAAUGGGGGAUCAUAUCCUUCCCUUUUUGUUCAUGCUGGGCCUCAUGAACAUCUAAAAGAUGUGGCUUUGAAGGUUUUGCAAAAUAAGGUAUCGACGGUUCCAAUCAUCCAUUCUCCUUCAGAGGACGGUUCAUUUCCUCAACUGCUACAUCUUGCUUGCCUAUCAGGAAUACUAAAAUGUAUAUGCAGGCAUUUUAAGUACUCAUCUAGUUCUUUACCGAUUCUUCAAAUUCCGAUUGGUUCAAUACCUUUGGGUACAUGGGUGCCUAAAGUUGGGGAACCAAAUGGACAGCCAUUUGCAAUGCUAAGGCCAAAUGCUUCUCUUGGUGCUGCUCUGUCGAUGUUUGUUCAAGCUGGAGUUAGCUCAAUACCGAUUGUGGAUGAUAAUGACUCAUUGGUUGACAUAUAUUCAAGAAGUGAUAUUACUGCAUUGGCUAAAGAUAAAGCUUAUACUCGGAUAUCUCUCGAUCAAAUUAGUAUUCAUCAGGCAUUGCUUUUGGGACAGGAUGUGAAUUCUCCUUUUGGGCUUCACAGUGGCCCCAGAUGUCACAUGUGUUUGAGGUCUGAUUCGUUGCAUAAAGUGAUGGAGCGGUUGGCAAGCCCAGGGGUUAGGAGACUUGUGAUUGUGGAGGCUGGCAGCAAGCGCGUGGAAGGGAUUAUUUCUUUAAGUGACGUUUUCAAAUUCUUGUUAGGCUAAUUGGUAUGUAUUUGCCAUCUUAUAUGAAGGAAAUAGCAGAGUUAGUAGCAUUGGAACUUGUUUUCUGAGCUGCUCACUUUUCAAGAGUUUUUGGCUGGAUGGGUAUCUUUAGAUGUUUGCCCACAUGCUUUUUUGGGAUAGAAAUUGGAGAGAAAAGUCUGUAAAUGGAGGAUCUGUUUUCUCUUUAAACAUCUCAACUCGCGUUCUCCUUCGUGCCGGCACAUCUUCAAUAUUUGUGUCCAGUGCUAACAGAAAUCUAGGAGAAACUCUGGGAAAAAAAGUAAAAAUAAGAAAAGCUAGGAAAAGAUGAAAUAUUGAGCCGUAUGCAAGCAAGCAUGCUGUUGGCCGGUUGUAUCCUUGUAAUUUAAGUUGUUUUUGUCAGAUCAUUAUGACUUUAGAUUUCUGCUGACAAGUUCAUUAAUUAUAUAUCUUUGGAUCUUAAUUACUUUGUAAAA